UCCAUAUAGCUUAUCUAUAUGAGACCCACUUCCAUCCCAAAGACCCCUGGUCCAUAUAUGUAGUUGGUCCAUAUAUACCCCCCCAAUGUAUGCAGCUCAUUCAUAUGAGACCUACCCCCAACUAUCCAUACUAUCAGGCCAUAUAGAUUCCUGGUCCAUAAAGCUGGUCCAUAUUAGACCCAUCCCCAUCUCAAAGACCCAUCCCUCCAGUUCAUACAGCUGGUCCAUAUGAGACCCCCCCCAUCCCAAAGACCUCUGCUCCAUACAGCUGGUCCAUAUAGACCUUGGAGCCAUACAGUUGGUCCAUAUAAGACAUCCACCCCCAUCCCAAAUAGCCCCAGUCCAUACAGCCAGUCCCUUAAGACCCCUGGCCUGUACAUCCAGUCCAUGUACAUUCCUAAAGCUGAUCCAUAUGAGAUGCCCCCCAUCCAAAAGAAUUCCAGCCCAUACAGCUGGUCUAGAUAGAUCUCCCUGGGCCAUACACCUGGUCCAUACGAGACCUCCUCUCUAUCCCAAAGACCCCCUGGCCCAUAUAGACUUCUGGUUCAUGCAGCUGGUCCAUAUGAGACCCCCCUCCAUCCCAAAGAGCACCUCUCAGUCCAUACAGCCAAGCGCCCUGGCUCAUAUAAUUCUCCCUUCUCUCUCUCAGGACUCUGGCCCAGCAGCAUGGCAGGGCCCCUGGGCGAGCUGCCUGCCAGCCCCCUGGCGCUCGAGUACCUCAACGACUUUGACCUGCUCAAGUUCGAGGUGAAACGGGAGCCAGGUGGGGGUGGGGCCUCGCUGGGCUCCUCCCCCUGCAGUUCAGUACCACCCUCGCCCACGCUGAGUGACCCAGAGCCUGGGGGAGCCGAGGUGGGGGCCGACCCCCGGGGAGCGCUGGAAGAGCUCUACUGGAUGGCAGCACUGCACCAGCAGGGGGCAUCAGGCGAGGGGCCAGGGCUCAGCCCCGAGGAGGCCGUGGAGGCCUUGCUGGCUGGGGAGGCCAUGUACCGGGGCCCCGGGGCCCUGCCCCACCCUCCAGCCUACGUGGGCCCCCCACAGCACCCGGUGAGUGCAGGUGCGGGAUCCAGGUGUCUGGCAGAGCGGUUCUCGGAUGCGCAGCUGGUGGCCAUGUCGGUGCGGGAGCUGAACCGGCAGCUCCGCGGCGUGGGCAAAGCCGAGGCGCUGCGGCUGAAGCAGAAGCGCCGGACACUGAAGAACCGCGGCUACGCCCAGUCCUGCCGCUUCAAGCGGGCCCAGCAGCGCCACCUGCUGGAGGCAGAGAAGGCGCAGCUGGCGCGGGAGCUGGAGGCGCUGCGGGCCGACGCCGCCCGCCUGGCCCGCGAGCGCGACCUCUACAAGGCCCGCUGCGAGCGCCUGCUGGCGGGCGCCUCCGCCCCCUCGCCCCCCCGCUUCCUGCUCUAAGCCCCCCGAGGCGGGGGCGGGGGGGGCGACACGCAGGCGCCCCGGGCGUCAGCACCCUCCUGGCCCCCGUGGGGAGACAGAGGCAAGGUCUCUGCCAUGUCACCCAGGCACCAGGCGUGGGGGGGGGGCUGCACCCUGUGAGCCCACGGGUGGGGGGGAGCCAAGGGCGCUCGGGUGCCCCCCCUCCCCCCCCGUGGUCACCAGGGGCAUCAGCAACAGGGCACGUGCCCUCCGUGGCCACCAGGGGGAGACAGCCACGGGCCUCCAUACCCCCUCCUCGCCCAAGGGGAGUCAUGAGUGUGCGUGCGUGUGCGUUUGCACGCACAUGUGUCCCGUUGUAGGGUACAGCUAUAUGUGUGUGUCUUCGAGUAAUGCAAUGAGAAGUGUGAAGGAUCAGGGGUGUGGGUGUGCACACGCGCACAGAGUUGCAUGUGUAGCUGUGAGUGCUUCAGGGUCUGUGCUAUGGCAUGUUUGUGUUGGGGGGUGUUGAGUUGUGACGGUGUGGGGCAGGUACUGGUAGGGUGCAGUGACUGGCGUGUGUCUCCCAUUGUAGGGUACAUCUAUGUGCAUGUGUUGUCGAGGAAUAUAAUGACAAGUGUGAAGGAUUGGGGGGGGGGUGUUUGAGUGUGUGUCCAGUUAUAGGGUAUGUGUGCAUGCGUGUGUGUCUUUCUCCAUUUAUCUAAUGAGUGAUGACAACCAGGGUGCGUGUGUAUCCACCUGGAUGUAGGAUAUAUUUAUGUGUGUGUUGUAUAUCCUGUUGAUUGUAGGGGGCUCAAGGGGUGUGUGUGUGUGUGUGUCUCCUCCUCCCCCUGCCCCACUGAACCGGCUUCAUCUCUCUCCCCUCUAAGUGGGCUCCUGGCCCUUGAAAAGUUGCCCAUGGGGCAGGGCAGGCCCCGCCCCUAGGCAAGGAUGGGGCAGGGCCGAGGUGGGCUAUACCAAUCUACUUUGUAAAAUAAAACAAAACUGGAAGUGA